CGGCUACACUUAGUGAUUGGAGCUGUAGGAGACACGACGUAUACAACCGGGUCUCCCGAGGGUCCUUUCAUGCAAUCAUCUCUCAAGACUUUGUUUAUGUUACUUUGCUUGUCUUAUGAAUUCAAUGGGAAAAGCUUUAAUUGUUCCUUGGAGAAUUUCCAGAAGUGUAUGGCUUCUUUGCAAGAAGUGACGAAAAGCGAAAAAUUGGCAUUUGCAACCACCAAAGAGGAGCUGACAAAUGUCUGUCAGCAACUUCAAGAAGGCUUUUAUUGUGUAGAAAAUCACAGCAAAAGAUGUUUUUCUCCUUCUCAAAAACGAUUAUUCGAUUCCGUUGUUUCUGGAUCGCGGAAUGUUAUCGAGGAUUUAUGCGUUUCUGGAGUUGUACAAGAAAAUUACUUGAGAUAUGCUAAAUGUUUCAAGAAUGUUUCAACUGACAAGAGCAAAUGUGCAACUCAGUAUCACAGGAUGGUUCAAUUAUCAGAAUCUGAAGAAGAUAUCAAUGAUGAAGUUGAGGAUGGUUUAAAAGAAACUUGCUGCUGUUUUUGCAAUCGUCAGCUUUCGAAUAUAAUUUUCUGGUAUUCUGAUAAUGGCUAUUACUUGAGAUAUGCUAAAUGUUUCAAGAAUGUUUCAACUGACAAGAGCAAAUGUGCAACUCAGUAUCACAGGAUGGUUCAAUUAUCAGAAUCUGAAGAAGAUAUCAAUGAUGAAGUUGAGGAUGGUUUAAAAGAAACUUGCUGUGCUUUUACCGAAUUUGUCCAUUGUAAGUACACCCAUACAGUUAAGGAUUGCGGUCAAGAUGCGGGAAAUUUUCUUCAAAAUCAUAUGGAUAGGAUGUCUGGAUCAUUAAUCCACCAACAUUGCUCCUUAUAUACUUUUCAAUCGGAUGCUUGUGGCACAGCGAAUAUCAUCUUGACGAUAAACGAAUGGUGGAUGAUAUUCUCGAUCGUUUUGGCAUGGAAAAUUUGUAUGCUGUUACAAUAAAA